CACCACUACCACCAGAACUGGUUCACCACACCACACACUGGCUCCGAGUCCGACCACCACCACUGGCACUGCCAACUUAGGGAGUUGUUCUCCCAGCUCUGGUGGCGUUGGCGUUGUCGGUGCUGGUGGGCACAGCAUGCCCACGUCCAGUAGUCCUGGCACCACCAGUUCUGCUGGCUCCAGGACCACCAGUGUUGGUUCUGCCACCACAACAGCUCUCACCACCGGUUCUAUCACCACUGGUUCUACCGUCGUGGGUUCUCCAGCCUGCGUCGGCGUUAGUGGAGGCGGUGCGGUAACCCGGUCGUCGUCGGUGCGCUCCAUCGGGGCGGAGGGCCUGGUGUCGCUGCUGGAGGGCGGGCUGGACCGCGUGCUGCUGAUCGACAGCCGCCCCUUCGUGGACUACAACGCCUCGCACAUCCUGGAGGCCGUCAACGUCAACUGCUCCAAGCUGAUGAAGCGCCGGCUGCAGCAGGACAAGGUGCAGAUCCACGAGCUGCUGCAGCACUCCGCCAAGAAGAAGCUGGAACUCCAAGGGGAACAGGAAGUGGUGGUGUAUGACCAGAGCUCCUCUGACCCCGCCUCCCUGUCAUCUGAUGCCUUCCUCAGCGUCCUAUUGGCUAAGCUGGACAAAAGCUUCCCCUCUGUCCACCUGCUAUCAGGUGGUUUUCUGGAGUUUUCCCACCUGUUCCCUGGCCUGUGUGAGGGCAAGUCGGCGCUGGUGCCCUCCUGCAUCUCCCAGCCGUGUCUCCCGGUCAUGAAUGUGGGGCCCACGCGCAUCCUGCCCCACCUCUACCUGGGCUGCCAGAGGGACGUACUCAACAAGGAGUUGAUGCAGCAGAAUGACAUAGCAUAUGUGCUGAACGCAAGCAACACCUGCCCCAAGCCUGACUUCAUCCCCGACUCCCAUUUCCUGCGCGUGCCCGUCAACGACAGCUUCUGUGAGAAGAUCCUGCCCUGGCUCGACAAGUCUGUGGAGUUUAUCGAGAAAGCCAAGGCCUGCAAUGCCAGGGUUCUGGUCCACUGCCUGGCUGGCAUAUCACGCUCGGCCACCAUCGCCAUUGCCUACAUCAUGAAGAGGAUGGACAUGUCCUUGGACGAGGCCUACAGGUUUGUGAAAGAGAAGAGGCCCACCAUCUCCCCCAACUUCAACUUCCUGGGCCAGCUUCUGGACUUUGAGAGGAAGAUCAAGAGUCCACUUAUGGACUUCAGCCUGGCCAGCAAGCCUCCCAUCUCGUCAUCCUCCUGUUUCUCUUCCUCCUUCUCUUCCUCCACCGCCACCACCACCACCACCACCACCUCCUCUUUCCCCUCCAUCAGCACCGCCUCAUCCGCCUCUUUGUGUUCUGAGGAGUUCUCCGCACCGGGUCCCAAGGCUGGCUGUGAGGGUCGUGCCCCUACCGAGGAGGCCGCCAUCGGAGCCUCGGGUGCAGUAGCAGCCUCCAGCCCAGAGGGGGCGUGUGUGGACACGGAGCUUCAAGAGCAAGAGAAGGAGAAGGAGGUGGUGGUGCAGCAGCAACAGGAGACACAUGGAGCUCUUCUGACGCUCCCUCCCUGCAGCCUGGUGGUAGUGGAGGGGGAGAAGGCUGGAGGAGCAGGGGAGGAGGUGGUGAUGGCAGGAGGAGGCCAGCAGGAGCAGCUCCUGGCCCAGGCGCUCUGCAGCCUGCAGCUGGCUGCUGGAGUGGGAGUGGACGGGGUGGAGGAGAGCACGCGGCUCAAGCGCUCCUUCUCCCUCGACAUCAAGUCCUACGGGGACACUGGCCCUACUUCUGUUGCCUCUGGUUGUGGUGCCACUGGCAGUGGUGGCGUGGCCGGCACUGUAGGUGGUGUUUGCUCCGGUGGCCACCACAGAGGUAUGGUGGCGACACACGGCGGUGUCGGUGGCGGCACCGGGGACGUUCCGGAGUGCUCGGGCUCCUCCUACUACAAGUCGUCGGGCUUCAAGGAGGCGGCUAGCAAGCCGUGCCAGUUCUCUCCUGUAGAGGAGGUGUCCGAGCAGUCCACCCCAGAACAGAGCCCCGACAAGGAGCAGGCGGACGGGCCCACUGCUGCCACUACAGGUGCCUCCACCACCUCCAUGAUCUCGACCACUGUCACCACUAUCAGCUCCACCAUCAUCACCAGCAGCAGCAGCAGCAGCAGUAGUACUAGCUCUAACUCUAGCUCUAGCAGCAGUAAGGUUGUCUCCAAGCAGCCAAAAGCUCCAUCAUCAUCCUCGUCAUCGUCCUUGUCCUCUUCCGCAUCCCAGCAGCCUCUGCAGCGUAGCGGUAGCAUGGAGGCCAACCCCAGCGCCAAUGCCAGCGCCACCGCCAGCUUCCUGUUCGGGUUGUCACGGAGCCAGCAGCACUUGGCCAAGGCCACCAGCAGCAGCACUGGAGCGUCAGCGUCGUCCACGGCAACCGCAUCCGGAGGACACCAUCACGGUCACCACAGCAGCUCCCAUCACCACGGUCACCAUGGUCACCACCACCACCAGCAUCAUCACCACGGCGCGGCGCUGAAGGGCUGGCACUCGGACAUCCUGCUGGGCAACAUGGCGCACGUGUCCUCGUCCUCCCUGGCGGCGGGCGGCUGGUACCUCUCCCACGAGUCGGCCGCGCGCUUCUACUCCACCUCGGCCAUCUUCAGCGCCGCAGCGUACGGCUGUGGUGGUGGGGGAGGGGCGGGGCCAGGGGGCGGCAGCGGUCUAGGCAUGGGGCCUAGUCUGGAGUCGGUACGUCGGCGCGGGAGACAGAGGAGCGGCGACCGGGGCGACUCACGGCGCAGCUGGCACGAGGAGAGCACCUUCGAGAAGCAGCUGAAGAGGCGCUCCUGCCAGAUGGAGUUCGGCGACGGCAUGUCGGAGAGCCGCUCGCGAGAGGAGCUCGUCAAGGUCGGCAGCCAGUCCAGCUUCUCCGGGAGCAUGGAGAUCAUCGAGGUCUCCUGAGACGAGGCAACGCGAUUGGUUGGCUGCUGGCUCAGUCAGGGAUGGGGCCAGUUAGUUGGUUGCUUGGUUAUUGAAGGGUGCCUUCAUCUACUCAGACUUGCUUCGUGAUUGGCUGGCUCUGUCAGGGGUUGGGCUUAUGGUGGGUUCACCCAAUCAGAGAGCUGAACAGAUGUGACCUUUUUUUCAAAAAGGGAAGAGACUGACGAUAUAUGAACUGACGCAAUUGAUAGCGCUUGAUAUUUUUUGUUUCACAAACUGCUUGCUUUUUUAAAGCGGUGUUUUCAUCAACUGAAGUGGCUAAAAUGUUUUUGCCUAUUGGAGAGAUUUUUUUGGGUUCUUUAAAAACAACUGACAGUGAUGGGUUUUUGUAACGAACUUGUGAUAAUCUACAUCAGACUUUUGCACCCGAAAGAAUGCCAGCUGCACAUUUACAGAAUGUUGAAAAGAGACAAUUAUAAAUACAUUUAUUAGAUUAUUAUUUUCUCAUUAUUUUUGCUGGUUUGUUGUUCUAACUGAGGACUGAGCCUGAAGUGCGUGAGUGAUGUCUGUGUGCGGAUGAGUGUUGUGUUGCUCAUGACUGAACUGAAGUAACCUUUUUUUUGGACUGGACGUUUUUAUCCAACUCCCCACACAUUUUUGAAUUGAAGUGAGAGUUAACGAGGCAAAAAUCAAGACUCAAGACGCAAGACGCAAGAAUCAAGACGGUUUAUAGUCUUCACUUUUUCUUUCUUCAUUGAUCACAAUUCUUUUCCAUGGGUAUGCAUACGUAGCAAAACAUCACGUACCUCACCAAUCCAAAUCAAGCGGUUUCAUUCAUUCAUUAUGUCAUAGCGUUUUUUUGAUUUCCCCCUUUUUUCCGUUUGUCAUUUCUUUCUAGUUUCCUUCGUGCUUGUAUCUUAUUAAUGUGUAGCUCAUUAUCAAUUACAAUCUCAGGUCUUCUAUUGAGCAGUAGGAACAAUUACGGAAUGAAGAGAUCGAUCCUCAGCGGAGGGGCUUGUAGUGGGUUGAUGAUUUUAGAUUUUUUGUUUUGUUUUGUAUUUUUUUCACUGAGGUGACAUACUUUUGUGGUUUUCUUAAAUUUGGCGAAAAUGAAAUGCCUGUGUGGAAAGCUACAAGAAAAAAAGAAACGUUCUUCUUUUUAAUUUCUUCACUGGUCCUAGAUCAGAAAAGCCUGCGAUGGAUGAAGUUUUACAAGAAAAAAAAAUAUUAGUCUCUCUCGUGAGGAGUGUCUGAACGUAGAUCAGAGGUGAAAAGGUGAGAAGACGAAAUAAGAAGCGAAACCUGUUCAGAUGUAUGUUUUUACUCACACACAGGUGGAAGGAGGUGGGUGGGCUUAUAGUAAGUGAAGUCUAGUCGAGAAAGAGUCGGGAACUCUUGUUCAAAGAUAUCUCGUAUAGUUGCAUCUUGGAGUGCGUGUGUUUGUACAGUACGGCACCUGUGGGUUACAUACUUUGGAGGCCAGUACACCUGGUACACCUGGAAGUGCGUCUCAAUAUGCCUCCUCCAGCUCUUCCUCUGGCCUACGGCCUAGCUUGACGUCAUUGAUGACAACAUCUCAGUAUCUCACAACAACGUCGUUCAGACGUUCCACCCUCAGUUGCAAUAGGGAUGUUGACUGUGGUCAGAAGAAGACCCAAAGAGCCACUCUGUGCAGCUUGACAGCAGGGAAACCUUAAUGUUUCCUCCAUGAGAGGAGGGGCGACACUAGCCAGGCCGUGCCCUCCUAGUAACGCAACAACUUCAGCGUUGCUUCUAGUCAGGCCAGGAGCAAAGCAAAUAUCGUUUCUGAGCUCCGGAAAAAUGGAGAACUCCUCCCACUUUGUCGGGAAGCAAACAACCAGUAGCAAACCAAGGGAGGUGGGUCAACCAUGCCAUUAGGGAAAUGUUAAUUGCUAUGCUCUUGGUCAGACCAAGCCUCAAAGAGAUUUGAAAGUCGAUGAUAAUCAGGCUAGGGCGUGUCGCUAGGCACUAGGCCGGAAGAGACAACUGGAGGAGGACCCGGUUGAGGUUAACCAUGAGGUGGUCGCAAAACCUCACAGGAAAAACAGAGCAUGUUGUGAUUGAUUUAGUUAAGUCAAUGAUGUCAUCUGUUCUUGACUAACAGGUUUACAACAACCUCUGGGUUAAAGCAACACUAAGUGAUAUUGUUCAAUGUUUCCAAAAAAUCGUUUCGGUGGAUCAACUCGUAACAAAGACCUUCCUGGGAUAUAACGGUAAAAUGCAAAUUUUGCAGAAGUUGAUCAACUCUGAUCUGUUGUUUGAAUGAGAAGAUGGCACUUCCUUAGUGUUCCUUUAGAGCAACACUAUACUAUAUUUUAUAUCGAGGCUAAUGAAUAAUCUUAUUAUAGUAUUGCUUUAACUAAACCCAAGUGGAUCACUUUAGGGCACGUUUGUUUGUAGGGUAACACUUUACUUGACGCCGGUGUCAUAAGCAUGUCAUUACAGUGUCAUAAUAGUGCCAUGACACAGUCAUAGAUAAGACAUAAACAUUAUGUCCAUGGCAUAAACAUUUUAUGACUGUUGGCCUUAAGUGACAUUCGGUUAUGGCAAAG